UUGGGGUGGAUAAAAAAUUGCAUUCCAAAGAGUCCAGUCCGUCCAGGCUCCAACGUCUAGCGUUUGGCCCAUUUGCCGUCCGAAUCCAAACUUCACAUAUUUCUCUCUCUUUUUCACAGGUUAUUUUCUUCCUUCAAUGUAACGCAAAAUUUUGACCCGAAGCUGUUGUCCGUCCCUUUUGUCCAGUGUCAAAUUCUUCCCUCUUGGGGGAACCAAGCCAAACCAAAGAGGAGAGCGUCUGAUUGGGCGAGAGUGAGAGCCAGUGAUGAAGAGGCAGAGGAAUGGGGAAAUCUGGGAUUUCGAGCACGAAAUGCCGGCGGUGGCCGCCAAUCAGACCGCGACAGAGCUAGUGUUGGGAUUGGACGGUGGCACCACCUCGACCGUGUGCGUAUGCAUGCCCCUCAUUCCCUUCUCUCACUCUCUCCCCCCUGACCCUCUCCCUGUUCUCGCUCGCUCCGUCGCCGGCUGCUCCAACCACAACAGCGUCGGCGAAACUGCCGCGAGGGAAACUUUGGAACAAGUUAUGGCAGAUGCAAUUUCAAAGUCAGGUUCAAAUCGAUCUGCAGUUCGGGCCGUUUGUCUAGCUGUAUCUGGUGUUAACCAUCCCUUGGAUCAGCAAAGAAUUUUAGCUUGGCUUAGGGAUAUAUUUCCCAGCCACGUACGACUAUACGUUCAGAAUGAUGCUAUAGCAGCCCUAGCAAGUGGAACUAUGGGAAAGCUUCAUGGAUGUGUUUUAAUUGCUGGCACAGGGACCAUUGCUUAUGGAUUCACAGAAGAGGGCAGGGAAGCUCGGGCUGCUGGUGCAGGACCCAUCUUAGGUGAUUGGGGAAGCGGAUACGGAAUAGCUGCGCAGGCUUUAACUGCGAUCGUAAGGUCUCAUGAUGGUCGUGGUCCACAUACAAUGCUGACAAGUAGUAUCCUACAGACACUCGACCUUUCUUCUGCAGAUGAACUCAUUGGGUGGACCUAUGCAGAUCCAUCAUGGGCUCGCAUUGCAGCACUUGUUCCAGUUGUUGUAUCUUGUGCAGAGGCAGGUGAUGAAGUUGCAAAUAAGAUAUUGGUAGAUUCAGUCCAAGAGUUGGCUUCAAGUGUGAAAGCUGUUGUUCAAAGACUUGGCUUGUGUGGUAAAGAUGGGAAAGAUUCUUUUCCUCUCGUAAUGGUUGGCGGCGUUCUUGAAGCAAACAAGAGGUGGGAUAUAGGAAAGGAAGUCAUAAACUACAUCUCCAAGGACUACCCUGGGGUACAAUCAAUUAGGCCAAAGGUGGAGCCUGCAGUUGGGGCAGCACUGCUAGCUUGGAGUUUCUUGAUGAAAGAAUCUUAUAACGAAGUUUAUAGAAGCUGACCAUUGAUGAUUGGGAAAAGCUCCUUUACUUGUACAGUUGCCGGAACAAGCAAGAGUUGGAAAUGGAAGGGAAGUUAGCAUCGUCAAAUUAUAAAUCAAUACUAGCCGGCCUGCUGCUGGUUGGUUGAUUUUUUGUUUUUUUUUUUAAAAAAAAAAUAAAAAUAAAAAAUUAAUAAUAAUAAUAAUAAUCUUUCUUGUUAAUUUCAGGUGUGUAAUGUCAUAUUCUUGUUGCAAACAAUUAUUGAUGGCUCUAGCAAUGUAAACAAGAUUAUUGGAAUUAUUAUAAAAGCCCAGUGUAUGCUUUGUUUUGUUGUCCCUA